ACUCCGCCUAGUGGUUUAGUAGAACUGUAGGAUCACUUCUCUCUUCGUCCGUCUCUCAUUCGUGAGACACCGGCGCAACAUAUGCCUCCCAAAACAAAACACAGUAAAGCAACACAAAGCAUUGAAUAAGUAGCAAAAUAACAGAACGGAUAUCAAGUCUGCUACAUUAUUCAGUCAAGCUAGCUAAAGCUACGCUAUCAUGGACCUGCAAGACACUGCCCCGGAUUCGUGGGAGCAGGAGGAGGAUGCGGAGGCCCGAACUGCCACCGGACUCCAGUCCGCUCUCGCCGCACUUAACGUCAAUGCCAAGCCGUUUGUCCCGAACGUCAAUGCGGCGGUGUUUGUACCAACCUUUCUUCAGAACACCCCUACGGAAAUGCCAAUAUCCGAUGGUCACGUUACUGAGCCAGUUGCCAGGAUGGAGGUGUCUGAAACAGUUGCUCCAGUAGAGAACGGAGGAGGGGUAGAAGCUGACAUGGCUGUGGAGGAGACAUGGGAGCAGAAAGAGGAGCCCAGGGAUGGAGAACCAGGUGGGGGAGCCCUGGGAGGAGAACCACGUGGGGGUGCUCUGGGAGGAGAACCAGGCGGGGGAGCUCUGGGAGGAGAUGGAGGAUCCAGCGAAGCGGCAGAUGGCAAAGAAGUAGAGGAGAUGAUGGAGGAGGAAGAAGAGGAGGAGUUGCCUGUGCUUAAAGUGGCCCCUCCCCCACCAGAUGCCCCGAAGAAGGAACAUGUCAAUGUGGUGUUCAUUGGUCAUGUAGAUGCUGGUAAAUCAACUAUAGGAGGUCAGAUCAUGUAUUUGACAGGGAUGGUGGAGAAAAGAACCCUUGAGAAAUAUGAAAGAGAAGCAAAAGAAAAGAACCGAGAGACAUGGUACCUGUCCUGGGCACUGGACACAAACCAGGAGGAGAGGGACAAGGGAAAGACGGUGGAGGUUGGAAGAGCCUACUUUGAGACUGAAAAAAAGCACUUUACUAUACUGGACGCCCCUGGCCACAAAAGCUUUGUUCCCAACAUGAUCGGUGGAGCGUCACAGGCUGACUUGGCAGUGCUGGUGAUCUCUGCCAGAAAAGGAGAGUUUGAGACUGGUUUUGAGAAGGGAGGCCAGACGCGAGAACACGCCAUGCUGGCCAAGACGGCUGGAGUCAAACACCUCAUCAUCCUUGUCAACAAGAUGGAUGACCCCACAGUCAACUGGAGCUUGGAAAGGUAUGAAGAAUGUAAAGAGAAGCUAGUGCCGUUCCUGAAGAAAGUGGGCUUCAACCCAAAGAAGGAUAUCUACUUCAUGCCGUGCUCUGGGCUGACAGGAGCCAACCUGAAGGAGCCAUUAGAGGAGUGCACGUGGUACACCGGUUUGCCAUUCAUCCCACAUCUGGACAGUCUGCCAAGCUUCAGCCGAAUCACAGACGGACCAGUCAGAUUACCCAUUGUUGAUAAAUACAAGGAUAUGGGGACAGUGGUCCUGGGGAAGUUGGAGUCUGGCUCAAUUUCCAAAGCCCAGCAGCUGGUCAUGAUGCCUAACAGGCACACCGUGGAGGUGCUGAGCCUGCUGUCUGAUGAGGUGGAGACAGAUGAAGCAGUUCCAGGAGAGAACCUCAAGCUAAGGCUGAAGGGCAUCGAGGAAGAGGAGAUUCUGCCCGGCUUCAUCCUCUGUAACGCUGAGAACCUAUGUCACUCCGGACGUACCUUUGAUGCACAGAUCGUCAUCAUUGAGCAUAAAUCCAUCAUCUGCCCAGGAUAUAAUGCAGUCCUACACAUUCAUACCUGUAUUGAAGAAGUACAAAUCACAGCCUUAAUCUGUCUAGUCGACAAGAAGACGGGUGAGAAGAGCAAGACGCGACCUCGCUUUGUCAAACAGGACCAGGUGUGCAUUGCAAGGCUACGUUGUGCCGGAACCAUCUGCCUUGAAACCUUCAAAGACUUCCCACAGAUGGGGAGGUUCACCCUACGAGACGAAGGCAAAACCAUUGCUAUUGGCAAAGUUCUGAAGCUGGUACCAGAGAAGGACUAGUGAAGCUACAUGGAGUCCUGGGACAGUUGUCAUGACAGAGGAGGAAGCUGCUGGCGCCAAACUAGCCAGCCGUCCCCUCUAACUCACCACUAUCUGCUGAAGAAGGCGAGGAAGAGGACAGCAAAUCACGUUUGAAAAUAAAGAAGAAACUUUAAAAGUGACUGAAUCCGUUUUUAUGAUGAACAUUAUUAAAGCAAGACAAGUUCAUUGUGUCAGCUUUCUCAUAUUGAGAGCUCAGCUAUGCCACUAAUGUAGCUACUACCCUUCCCCAGGCCAAACUCACUCUGCGCUGGUCCACCUUUUGUUUUAGAAAUGGGAAUGAAUGCAGUGUCACUUUGUUCGGCAAGAAAAAGACUGGUGUUGCAUCUGGUUGCAACCCGUGUGGACCAGAGUUAUUAGUAUCCAUUCAAAUCCAAAAUAUACCAAAAUAUUUUGGUCAUAGGUGUCCCCAUACCAAAAUCCUAAUCUGGUAUGUUCACACAUACACAAUGAAACAAACAUGGUUCCUGUUGUGAAUGUGUGUUGCCAUGUUAUCAAUCAAUCAACAAACAUGAAAAUAAAAUAUCAAACU